AUGAGCGUCCGUUCCGCCAAGGGCAUGGCUUCCGCCAGCGUGCGCUUGUCCAGGCCUCUCUCCACCACAUCCAACGCAGCCUCGCUCUCCAAACGUUUGCGCAGCCAUUGGCGAUCGGCCACCUCUUCCAACACCGCAGCAGCAUCGCCAGCUCAAACCGAAUCAUCGUCGGCAUCGUCUCCAUCUGGCUCAUCCACUCCGUCUUCCCAGCCUUCUACAGCAUCAGCGAGCUCUGCGAAAGCACCGCCACGUAAGGCGGCAUUCCGAGCUCUGCGAUACGCUUCCAACUCGACGCGCGCCAAUGCACCUCGCAAAUUCGUCGCGAGCUAUGACAAAGGCAAGGCCAAAGAGCAGGGCGGUGCACAGUCUGCCGCCGACCACUCGGCGUCCAUGCUCAAGGAGCUCAAUGCGCUCGACGACCUGCUCGACUCGCUCCAGAGCAAGGCCUUCGCCAUCUCGCAAAGGCUCAAAGCGCUCGAGCUCUCUCGACCGUCCAGCAAAGACCAGAUGGAGGAGGCGUGGGGUCCAGAUCGUCUUGCUCCGCCAAACCUUGAGUCGACGUGGUCGGCAGGCCCAGCGGGCUCCGACACAUCGUCGAAACCGAGCGACAAGAAGGCGGGUGAGCCAACGACGCGGCUGGUGCUCGGCGACAGUCUGCUGGCCGAGUCGAGCCUGCGAUGGCGCGAUAGCAAGGGCAAGACCGUCGAAGGUGUGACAUAUAGUGGUCCGUUUGCCGACGAGAUCAGACGCUACACCGAGUCGAUCACCGGCUGCGUCACCGCCAACAACGUGCCGGUAGACAAGGUGGCGCCGCUGCGAGAGAUGGAGGUGGCCAAACUGGCGCAUGGUCUCGAUCGCGUGCUCUUCAAUCCGGGCGUCUACUGGCUGCGCGACCCGCGCUCGGGCAUCUACAACUUCGACCCUCGCAUCAAGGACAUUCUGGACGUGGAUCUGUUCGACUAUGCAGCGCUGCCGCCCUACAUCACCUCGAGCAAAGACCCCGAGCUGGCCAAGCUCACCAAGCAGCACGCCAAAAAGUACUGCGGCAGCACCAGCUCCAUGACGUCGCUGCUGAGCCAGUGCUACUUUCUCAUCUCGGGCUGGCGCAAUCCGGACACCUCUGGAUUUUCCGCGCCCUUUGCCGGGCUUCCGAGCGGCUUUAGCGUGGGCGCCAAGCUGCCGGCAUCCAUCCUGCUCAACUACAAGGAUGGCUUCUACGCCAUCGAUGCCGACAAGGCGUCGGCGGGCGAGGCGGAGAACAACAACUAUGUGCUCACCUCGCUCGGCAAGAGCAUGGAAAAGAUGCUCACCGCCACGCCGGACGAGUAUGCAAAGUACCAGCGCAUCAACUCGUGGAAAUUGAGCGAGGAGGAGAGGACCAAGCCCGAGGCGUACCACUAUGCGUGUACGGGCAACAUGAUGAUGCGAUCCCAGCUGGAUUGCCACGACGAGCGACUGCCGCACAAGACGUUCGACCUCAAGACACGCGCGUCCAUCGGCAUCCGCAACGACCGCGCCAACUACGUCGAGGGAUCGGGCUACCAAAUCCGCCGCGCCCAGGGGCUGCUCGAGUCGUUUGAGCGCGAGUACUUUGACAUGGUGCGCGCGGCGUUUUUGAAGUACAACUUCCAGGUGCGCAUCGGCCACAUGGACGGCAUCUUUGUCGCCUACCACACCACCUCGACCAUCUUUGGCUUCCAGUACAUCUCGGUCGACGAGAUGAACGAGCGCCUCUUUGGAAGUCAGGACAUGGCGGACCAGGCGUUCAAGCUGAGUCUCGGCAUGAUGGAGGCUGUGCUGGAUGCGGCUACCAGCAUGUUCCCGGAGAAGACGCUCAAGAUCACCAUCGAGGCCAAGGACAAGUCGGACACAGGCAUGGUGGUGUAUGUCGAACCGGCCGACCAAGAUACUGCCACGGAAUCCAACGCCGCCCAUCAAGCAUCCGCUGAGGAAGGUGCCAAGGCGGGCGGCGGGGGUAAAAGCAUCGUACAGCUCGACAUCACCGUGGAUCGGUACUUGGACGGUGGGCUCGUGUUGGGACCCGUCGACUUUUCCUUCCUCCCCGGACGUCGGAUCGACCCCAUGAAUGAGGACGAGAUUGAGCGUCGACUGCGACAGUCUCUUCCCCCUGUUCGAUGGGAGGUUGACUACCGCAUUUCGCCGCGUUCCGACCUCACCGAGGCCAAGAUCCGCGCGAACCUUCAGGCUGUUCGCGACCGACAGGCGAGUCUGGGUUCUUUGAUCCUGCCGAAUGUCGAGGCGCUCAACGAGCGCGAGCAGUACCGCACCACGGAGCUGUCCAAGAAUCCGGAGGCGCUGCGGAGGUUCUUGGAAGAACGUGCGUCGGGCGUGGCGGCGGGUAUGCCACUUGCGCCGGGUCAACACUCGGCCGAAGCUACAUCCGCCGAGGCUGCACCGCAAGAUGCCUUGGUGGCGGCAGAUAAGAGCCCGCGUAGGAAGCAGGCCGAAACUCGGUUCAUCCGCAUGCGCAACAUCCGCACCCUGCGUCUGCGCGAACUCGCCAAACUAGGCGCCAAGGACGCCACCCUCCAAAAGUCCACCGACAAACACAUUCUCUACCAACCACAAUCCUAG